AUGGCGCCUGUCAAAUGUCAAAUGCAACAAACAUUAGUUUCUCAGAGAAUCACGACGAUUAAGAGAGAUGAAUCAUACGCACCUGAUCAUACAGCAGAGUUCUUUACCGAUGAGGUUUUACAGAGAUGGAACGAUCUUAUGCCAAGGUAUGGGUUUUCUAUGGGUGAACGAUACGUAAAAGCAUCACGAUCUUCCAAAGCCCAUCGAGUGUUUGCCAUCAUCCAGACAUACUUGGACUUAACCUCCGGUCAUGAGAUACCAGACGACUACCACUGGCAUAUGAUCCAUUGCUUUGACUAUCUGAGGCAAGCCAUCAUGUGCAGCUCUGACGUAGCCCUAGAAGGCCCUGAGACAACAUUCACGGACCCAUAA